AGCCAAAUUCAAACUAAGACUAGAUCCAAUUUCAGCUGCCUCAACAUGCAUAGAAUGCUGCUCUACACCUUGGUAAUCGUUGCCCUUGCUUUGGUUCAGGCCUGCCAAAUCCAUCAUAAUCUGACAUUUCCUGCUGUGGAGCAAGUUUCCGACUGUUCUGGCCACCACCUCACUUUCCGUAAUCGGAGUUUGACAAGGGAUCUGCCCACAUUAACCUCAGGCGAUUGGAUGUCUUCUCGGCUUGAACUUUGCUUUUAUGGCAAACCUUUUACGCUGGGGCACUAG